AAGAGCGCGUGAUAAGGUGCGUUAUCGCCUACGUAGUUCGUACCGGCAAGGAGGAAGUAAAACGCUAUUGGUUUAAUUAUCUGUAAAAGUUUCGGAAUAGCAUUUCGUCGCUUGUAAUAAUUCAAUAUUGCGUUGAUGAACAUACCUCUCGAUCAAUCAUGCGAUGACGACUUUCGGCUAUCUCUACAAGUCUGCAAGAAAAGUGCAGCUUCUGCGGCUUAAAUCUACACAGGAAAAUCUUCGCAUUUUCUUUCGAAAUGAAUCUAGUUUCAUUCCCAAAAAAGUACUUAUUGUGGCAAAGUUGUCACGAUACCAGUUUGAAAGAUUACGGGAACCCAAGCUUGAUGAAGCCCAGCUGAAAAUAAAACUGCUGGAAAGAGGCUCUGAUUAUGAAUCUAUGCUUGCUAGUCACGUAGCUACUAAAGAAGUGGAAAAAGAAGUAAUUCAGAUCUUAAAAAAUAUGAAUCUGGAAUAUAGAGUAAUAGAUAGGUCAACUUUGGACCAGUCACUUUUUACAUGGGCUGAUUUGGUUUUACCGAUUGGUGGUGAUGGAACAUUUCUCUUGGCUUCAAACUUGAUAUUUGAUAGUAAAAAACCUAUAAUGGGCAUUAAUUCUUAUCCGAUAAAAUCAGAAGGCUAUCUUUUAUUGUCGGCAAGAUAUACAAAGAACAUACCAGAAAUUUUUGAAAUGUUAAGAGCAGGACAUUACAAUGUACUUAUGAGAAGAAGAAUUCGCAUCACUUUAAGAGGAGAAGAAAUAUGGGAACCUUCUUUUCAUAUGCAUGAAAAAGCACGUAUCGCUGGUGGUGAAAGAUUUUACAUGAGCGACUGCUUUCAAGAUUCCAAGCGUAACGAGUUGCCCAAAGAAAGACGUUUACCGUGGUUGGCACUUAAUGAAGUUUUCAUGGGCGAAACAUUAUCGGCACGAACGAGUUCCUUGCUAAUGAAAGUGGAUGAGGAGCAAGAUUAUCAAAAAGUAAAAGGUUCUGGUUUGUGCGUGAGCACUGGGACAGGAUCAACGUCGUGGUGCAAAUCUAUAAAUAGUUUGAGUCAACAAACCAUACGAGAGAUAUUGAGUCUUGUAGAUAACAAACGACAGUUCACUGCCGAUGAAAUUGAAGAGAUCAGCUUGACUUUUAAUAGCAGCUUGCGCUUUGAUCCCGAGGAUUCCAAAUUGUGCUAUUCCAUCAGGGAUUUGAUAGUAACCGACACAAUGCCCGUUCCAAAAUAUUUAAAUCCUCGUGGAUUUUGUAAAAAGAUCACAGUGAGAUCGCAGUGUAUCGACGCAGCUUUGGUUCUCGAUGGAGGAAUAGCGGUUCCUUUUAACUACGGCACCAUCGCGGAAAUCGAGAGUUUUCCCGAAGACUCUUUGCGAACUCUCGUUCUUCCCGAAGACUCUUUGCGAACUCUCGUUCUUCCCGAUUGAAUUUUUUUUUUUCACGAAUUAGAGAACAAUUUUGACAAUUUUGACUUCAAUUGAUAUGUAAUGAUCAUCAGAUGAUGUAUCAUUAUUUUCAUUCCCGUAUUUUAUAUAAAAAAAUACGUAUUUUUUUUUUAUAUGCAUGGUUAAAUAUUUAGAAUAAGUAUAGUUGUUAGCAAGGACAGUCAUAUAUUUUAUAUCCGGGGCAUUAAAAAGUGUAUAUGUAUAUAUAUUUUUUAAUGUAAAAGUUAUAUAAAUAAGUUUAUAGUUUACACGUUCUUCACUUAACACUUUGUAGGGGGGUGCCGUUCUGCAAAACUGAUCAGUCUCCCGCCUGCAAAGUGUAAAUUGCAAGAAACCUUUAGUAUCAUAAUUUUGUGUCUUUUUUUCAAAGCUAUGUAUAUCGAACUCGCACUAGUUGCAUACAUGUAUAUAUUUCUCUUAUUAACAAGUAAGAGUGCACGUAUGUGCAGAAAAACCAAAUAUUUUGUUUUCUUUUUAAUGAGAAGCUAAUAUACUGCAAUUUCAAUAUUACAGAUUUUUUUUUGUACAUUGAUAUGCUUGUUCUUUGUAAAAAUAAGUGUAAUUAGACCGACGCCAGUGUAUUUACGCAUAUAUGGGUGAUUCUCUGUGAACGCGUAAAUUUCAACUUUCAGUUUUGAUAAAAAAUAAUUAUUAUUAACUAACG